ACUCACCACUUUGGCCGUCUCACCUGCACGCGCGGUGCCCAGGAGAGGAUUUCAGUGAUGGAUCAGGACAAGUACCUGCCGGAGCUCGUGGCCGAGAAGGAGAGCUUGGACGCGUCGUUCGUGCACGCGAUGCGCCUUCUGGCUGAAGAGAUUGAAAAGUUUGAAGGCGACGAGUUGAGAAAAGAUGGCGAGGUUAAGAAAUACCUGGAUAUCAUCAGCAACAAAAACAUCAAACUGUCCGAGCGUGUGCUGAUCCCGGUUCAGCAGUAUCCUAAGUUUAAUUUUGUUGGGAAACUGCUGGGGCCCAGGGGCAAUUCCAUGAAAAGAUUACAAGAGGAAACGGGAGCAAAGAUGUCCAUCCUUGGCAAGGGUUCAAUGAGGGAUAAAGGCAAGGAAGAAGAGCUGAGGAAAAGUGGAGAGGCGAAAUACGCUCAUUUGAGCAACGAUCUUCACGUUUUAAUUGAGGUUUUCGCACCACCUGGAGAAGCCUAUUCCCGCAUGAGCCAUGCCCUGGAGGAGAUUAAGAAAUUCCUUGUUCCAGAUUACAAUGAUGAAAUCAGGCAGGAACAGCUCCGUGAGCUCUCCUACUUGAAUGGCUCAGAUGACCCAAGCCGAGGAAGAAGUGCGCGGGGACGUGGAUUGCGGCUGACCUCCACAGCUUCCCCCAGAGGUCGAGGAAGUGCAGCACCACCCGCUCCACCUGGACGAGGAGCAGCAGCCCCCAGAGGAACUGUGAGCUCCCGCACCUCCGUCCCCACACCAGCCAGAGGGGUGUCUGCACCCCGAACCAGAGGAACAGCUGGAACACCUGGAUACAGAGCCCCGUCACUGCAAGCCACGCACAAGACAUAUGAAGAUUAUGGAUAUGAUGAUGGUUAUGACGGGGAAUAUGAUGACCAGAGUUAUGAGAGCUAUGAUGACAACUACAGCAACCAGUCGAAAAGUGUCUCGGAAUAUUAUGAAUAUGGACAUGGUAACAAUGACGAAAACUACAACAAUUACGAAGAGGACUGGAUUUCAUCUCGACCAAACCUCAAAGCUCCAGCAUCAAGACUUACUCGAGGGGGAUACAGAGAUCACCCCUAUGGUAGAUAUUAAAGGUGCUCCAGAUCAUGUGACCUUCAUACAACGGCAACCGUAUUUACUAAAUAAUCUUUAAAAAAAAAAAGGGAUUUUUAAGUGAUAGAUUAAACAUGUUUUUAAACUCACCCUAAAAAAAUGUCCCUUCUUUUCUUAUCUGAAACUGUUGACUUUGUAAAAUACAUUCUGGCCAGGAUUUGACAGUGUACUACUUUUGUCAUUGAAUGCUCCUUCUUUUAGUUUUUCAUUGUUUGUCCCCCAAAUGUAAAGCAUGGAAUUAGCUACACAAUAUGCCGCUGGGAAACCUUUGUUAAGGCGAAAUGUGCAGAGACUCAUUUUGUACAUAUAACAUCUUUCUUAAAACUUCUUAAUUUGAUGAUGGUAAAUACUGAGUUUGUAUAUUUAAUUUUGAUAUCAGUAUUGGGUUUGAAAGCAAUUGGCUAUGUAUGUAGCCACAUCCAAGUGCUUUGCUUUGUGUGUAGCUUGUAUUUGUACAUAAAAAAUGUAAUAAAAAAAGGGAUGUAAAGCGCCUUGUGCAAGCUUCUCUAAAUAGGUGAUUAGAAUUGUUAAACUUGUGUUGCCAUAAUUUGUUAAUAAAGAUAUGAUCUUUUUUUUUGUUUGUUUUUUGUAAACUUAGACCAGAAACGUAUUUGUAUCUAGUACUAAAUGCCUGUUUGAUCUGGAAAUGAAUCUUUUGUUUUUAUAUAUAUAUCUAUUUAACAAUGAAAAGCCACAAAAAGGAACCGUAGAGACGUUGUCAAGUCAUUUUGUGUAAUAAUAGAUAAGCUGCAUUAAUAGAUUUAAACUUUGUUAACUAAUUUUUUAACAUUAGCUCUAAAUUGUUUAUUGACUCUAGUCUUUUAAAUGUUUAACAUGUUAAUGGAAAUCAACUGUUUAGAUCAAUAAAUUGAAUCUUUUUUAACA